AAAUGUAUUGGAUUUGUGGCUUUAGUCUCAGUCUAUUAUAAAAGUAGAGGCCAUUCACAAAAAUAAAAUCCAGCUUUGGAUUUAAUACCCUACCUCCCCACAUCCAAAAUAGCCCUUUUAAAAAUACUAAUAAAACUGAGCGUUUGGUUCAGGCCUAUAUCAACUUUUAAAGUUAGCUGCAGAUAAAAAAUUGGCUCAACCUACAUUGCUUAAAUUUUCCAAAAAAUUUUCUCUUUGGCCUUCUCUGCUCUAGGAAGAGUAAGACCCAUAACUAUCUGCCUAUGCAGCUCCUCUGGUGAUGGCAAUGGUGGCAGCUAUAGAUAGGGCUCAGGCUCUUUCUCUCUGUUAUCUAAGCUUAUUCUGAGUAGAUUUAAAUGAGAAGUCAUAAAAACAGCUAUCUACAGUCUCCCCCAUUACUCCCAACAGGGUAGCUACAUCAGUGGUGAUUUAUGGAUCCUAGUGUAAGCUCAGCUAUUUAGGCUGAGACCAAGGUUGGAAAAACUCAGACUAAAAGGAAUUUGUAUGAGCAAUGGAAAAAGAGGGGUUAGACUAGAAAUUAGAAUGCAGUUAUAACUGUAGGCACGUUUGCCAACCCUCCAGGAUUGUCCUGGAGCUUCUGGGAAUUAAAGAUUAUAUCAUGUGAUGAAACCUCCAGGAAUAUGUCCAGCCACAAUUAGCAACCCUAAUUGGAGCAGUACAAUAACUACUGUGAAGACCAGAUAAAUGACUAGAUCUAAUGCAUUUGAUCUCUCUGAUUCAGGCAUCAUGUUUCGCAAAAAGAAGAAGAAACGACCUGAGAUCUCUGCUCCGCAGAACUUCCAGCAUCGGGUCCACACCUCGUUUGAUCCAAAGGAGGGUAAAUUCAUUGGCCUGCCCCCUCAAUGGCAGAAUAUUCUAGACACCCUAAAACGCCCAAAGCCAGUUGUAAACCCUUCAAGAAUCACCAGGAUGCAGCUUCAACCUAUGAAGACUGUAGUGAGGGGCAACAGCAUCGAAGUGGAGGGAUAUAUCUCUGGGAUACUGAAUGAUAUUCAGAAGCUUUCUGUCAUCAGUUCCAACACUCUAAGGGGAAAGAGCCCGACCAGCAGGAGGAGAGCCCAGUCACUUGGACUUUUGGGAGAGGACAGGCUCCCAGACAUGUAUCUUCAGAGCCCUGAGGUUGACUGGGAAGACAAAUAUGGAAACUACCUCAACUGCAAUGGUGGAAGCAAAGCAGCCCGAAGGCAGACUAUGUGGCCAGAUUAUAAACCCAGGAUGGAUGGGCAAUCUCAUCCCAAUGGUAUGGUAAUGAAAGCAAAGUCCCUUGGGCCUUCAGAAUUCCAAGGUGAGGAUGGGCGCUGCAUCCAGCUCACUUCAGUUUCACAGCACCAACAGCACGCCUGUGUUCUGGUUGGGAAGAGUGAUAAGGCUGAAAGAAGAAGCUCAGAAUGUUGGCCCCAGCCUUGCCUGGUGGCACAAGUGAAUCCCAGGCCUUCUUGGGAGGGCAGCCCUUGUCCCAAAUCGAGGGAAAACAGCUUGAAACGGAGGCUGUUACGAAGUGUGUUUCCCUCAUCCGGUGACUCAAAUAAGUCAGGCCCCACCUUGCAGAUUAAGUCUAAUGCUUUCUUCAGACCCCAACAAUGGGGUUCUCCACGCAGCCCUUCAACCAAAGCCCAGUCUCUUCCGCCUGAUCAGCCAGCACCAGAUUUAAGCAGGAUGAUUUCAGAAGCUGGUACCCCCCAGAAGAGCCCAAUUGAGAGGGCAACUACAUUGCCACAGGGCAGGCCAUCACCAGCAGGAUCCCCCCGAAACAGACACACUCAGACCAGUUCCAGCAACCUUCACCUGUCCCAAGACUCUUCCGCUAAAGGACAGUUGGCCAAUGAAGACCCUGUGGUCGUGACUCAUGAGCAGUUCAAGGCCGCACUCCGAAUGGUGGUGGAUCAGGGUGAUCCCCGGACAUUGCUGGAGAACUAUGUAAAGAUUGGUGAAGGAUCCACAGGCAUUGUCUGCAUCGCUCAUGAGAAGCAUUCAGGGCGACAGGUGGCAGUAAAGAUGAUGGACCUGAGAAAGCAGCAGCGACGGGAACUUCUUUUUAAUGAGGUGGUGAUAAUGAGAGACUAUCAGCACGUCAAUGUCGUGGAGAUGUAUAAAAGCUACCUGGUGGGAGAGGAACUCUGGGUGCUCAUGGAAUUUUUGCAGGGAGGAGCCCUCACUGACAUUGUCUCUCAAAUCAGGCUAAACGAGGAACAAAUUGCGACAGUGUGUGAGUCGGUGCUGCAAGCCCUUGCAUACUUGCAUUCCCAGGGCGUGAUUCACAGAGACAUUAAGAGCGACUCCAUUCUCCUGACCCUUGAUGGAAGGGUGAAACUCUCAGAUUUUGGCUUCUGCGCUCAGAUCAGUAAAGAUGUACCAAAAAGGAAGUCCCUGGUAGGAACUCCAUACUGGAUGGCUCCGGAGGUUAUUUCAAGGGCCCCAUACACUACUGAGGUGGAUAUCUGGUCUCUAGGGAUCAUGGUGAUAGAGAUGGUGGAUGGAGAACCCCCCUAUUUCAGUGACUCACCAGUCCAAGCAAUGAAGAGACUCCGUGACAAUUCUCCUCCUAAACUGAAAAAUUCUCACAAGACUUCUCCAGUUCUGAGAGACUUCCUGGAACGGAUGUUGACACGAGAUCCCCUAGAAAGAGCAACAGCACAAGAGCUUCUGGAUCACCCCUUCUUGCUCCAGACUGGACUUCCAGAGUGCCUAGUCCCCCUUAUUCAGCAGUACAGGAAGCGCACCUCCACCUGCUGACCCUGCACAUGGGGGAAAAGCCAGUAUCCCAGCACUGGAAAUGCAAUUUCUCUACUGGAAAUACUUGUUGUACUUGACCAAGACUCAAGCAGUGUCACUCUGCGAACAGUGCUUAGAACUUGUCAGUAUUUUUUUUGGAAGGAUGAAUGUGAAAAUUCCCCCCAGCCUUUAGCUGCUUCCCUUUUGCUGAAGACAAUCAAGUCAGACCCAUUAUCUCUCAAGAACAAAACAGAGGCAUUACAUGGCUUCUGGAAUCUUGUAUUUCUCUUACAAGAAUGGCAUUUUAAAGAUGUUUGAAUUUGUAUAUUGAAGGGUCUGCAAACUCUGGAAAAGUUUUACUACUGGCUAUCAAAUUGGAACUAUAUUCCCCAAACAGAAAUGUGAUCUUCGUUUUUUAAUAUUAGUUGUACACUGGAGUCCUGAGCUGACCCAAGAGAGACUCAUUUUGGGGCACCAGCCUUCUAAAAAAUCCUAUCUUUAACAAUGCACAAGGAUUUCAACACUUUGAGGCCAGGUCUCUUACUUUUUUAUCUCAUUCCACAUGUGUGAACAUCAUUGGGCCUGAAAAAGCUACCUGGAGGGCAGAUGGAAACCAACCAAACAUACAUUACAACUUCCUUCUUUGCAUCAAACUGCUUCAUUUCUAUGGAGAAUAUAUGUGGUUUAACAAGACAAAAAAGUGGUCUGUCUUGAGUCGACUGCAUGAUCUUAGAUGUGUGGAGAGAUGACGCUCCUUGGCACAGGCCUUCUCUAAGUGUGUGUGUGUGUGUCUCUCUCUCUCUCUCUCUCUUCUCUAUAGAGAAUGUACUGCCUGCCACCAGAAUCCUAUGGCUGAAGCUUCAUAACAUGUAACACCACUGCCUUCUCCAACACUGACUCAAAUGCGCGGCAAAAUGGUGUUCUUAGCAGGAAGGGUUUAAGAAAGCUUGAGGCAGGGUCUAGGUCCCCCUGGGUACAUUGGAUUCAUAUCAAGCAAUGCUGCCUUGAAACAACUGCUAGGUAGCACUUUGUGCCAUUGUGAAUACUGUAACAGGCUCAAUAAAAUUAAGAUGUCCUGUCAAUUCCA